AUGGGCUGUCUCAAGCAUCUGCAGAUCGCCUGCACUGGCAACCUAGACGCAAAACCUGAAGAUCUCAAGCGCUGGGUCGAGAACAACGACGGGCGAUGGAUGUCUAAGGUCGGCAAGGGGAUCACGCAUCUUGUUGCGUCGAAGGAGGCUUGGAAGAGAAACACGGCAGACGUCCAAGCCGCAUCGCACCUCGGCGCCAAAAUCGUCAGCUACGACUGGCUCGAAGACUCCCUGCACGCGAAGCGCAAACUCGCCGAGAAGAAGUAUCUCUGGAGCACCAUCGACAAGGAGAAGAAGAAGAGGCGGAAGAUGAAGAGGUUGGCGGGGAGGUAUGAUCGAGCGAAGUUCGCCAAGGAGACGCAGAAGGCGCGAGAGGACCUGGGCACAAGUAAGUCUUCCUCUUCUUCGUGCCGCGGUCGUCGUAGCGCAGUCUCGGGGGGUGGGUUCUUCAUGAGUAGUCUUGCGGCGUUGCGGGAGGAGAGGGAGAUGAGGGAGGGGCGGGAGAAGAAGAUGAAUGCUGAGAAAGACGAGGAGGAAGGGAAAGAGGGUGGCGGUUGUGGCAAUGACGGGGAGAUGGAGGGAGGGAGGUCUGGGGUCGAAGACGCGGGUGGAGAGGAGGGCGGGGAGCUGGAGAUGGAGGCUGAUGAAGGGGAGGCUGAGGAGGACCAGGACCAACACAUGGAAGUGGAGGAGAUGGAGGAGAAUGAAGACACCGCCGAGAAGGACGAGGACGAAGACGGAGAGGUCGACAUGGCGAAGCGAUCCGAACCCGAGGAAGACACCACAAACGUCGAGCAUCCACAAAACGAAGCCUCCAAAGCCAACGACACCCCUCCAUCUUCUCCUCCCCGUUCCUCUCUCUCUCCUCCCGCCCCAACGCCAUCAUCAACACCCAAGGAACCCGCCCUCCACAACACCCUCCCAACACCACCACACUCAACACCCUCCUCCCAACAACAAUCCCACCCCGCCCUCCACAACACCCUCCCAACACCACCACACUCAACACCCUCCUCCCAACAACAAUCCCACCCCGCCCCUCCACCACCUGCAUCCACCACCUCACCCCAUCCAUCAUCCCCAGCACCCCCAAAAGCUGAACGCCUAACAGACACACACCACAUCUACCUCGACCGGCUCGGCUUCUCGUACGACCUCACCCUCUUCCGGCACAACUUCCACCGCAACGCGCACGCAAAAUACAUCAUCCGGCUGUACGAAAGCCACGCCCUGCCGCACACGUACGCGACGUUUGUGCGGUACUUCCCGCCCGCGAACUCGAACGCUCCAGCCUCGGCGCAGGGAUCCGGUGGUGCAAUGGCUGUGGGAACGACGACGACGACGAUGACGACGAGCAUGGCUGCUACUACCACUACUGCUACUGCUACAUCCUCACCACCAACUCCAACUCCUUCAUCCACCUCCCAACAAUCCCAAACCCAACAACCCCAUCCCUCCCUCCUCCUUGCCCUCAACUCCAUAACUCCCCUCCCACCACCCACACCCACCACCCCACCACCCUCGCACCUCCCCUACCGCACGCUCCUCACCCCCCUAGGCUCCUCCUUCCCUUCCGCCUUCUCAUCCUUCACAUCCGCCUUCCGCACCCUCACAUUCCUCGCCUGGGAAGAGCGAUACCUUCCAAACUGGAAGGACCUGCAGAAGGAGCGCGCGAGGGUGAGCAGGAGAGAGCCGUUUAGCUGGGUCAGGCCGGGCGUGGGGUUGAGUUUGGGUGUUGAGGGCCCGAAGGGGGAUGGGGGUGGGAUUGGAGAGUGCGUGGAGCUGGGGUUGCCGGGGAUGGAUGUUGGGUUGGAUAGGCAGGGGGUGUUUGGGGGGGAGAUAUUGAGGGAGGAGGAGAGGGUAAAAAGGAGGGAGGAGGAGGAGAUGAAGGAGAGGGAGAGGGAGAGGGGGAAGGGGAGGAAGGAGGGUAGGGGAGGUGUACAGAAGGUCAAGGCGAAGGCGAAGGUGAAGGUGCAGGAGAUGGAUCCCGGACGGGCGAGGAUUUUCAGGGGUCCGAUUUGGGGUGGUGGGAUGAUGAGGCUUUACAAGAAUUAUAGCAUGGGUGACGGACGAUUGUGA